AUGACGGAUAGAGGAGACUGCACUACGCAACAAAAAGAGAAGAAAGAAGAUGAGGACGGCGACAUGAACGCCAUCCUGGCGGAACUCAGGUUGCACCGCAAGGAGUUCAAGACGCUGAAAUCACAAAGUCUCUCACUACAAUCACAAAUUGGUGAGAUACACUCAUCCAUUGAAAGACUUUUGGACUGUAAAGUGGAACGUCCGGAGAGACUUACCGCGGACAACAGGGAGGAUCUAAAGGCAGAGUUGGAGAGCAAAUGCCUCACUCCUGCCUCAUGCCAGCCCCAAACCCAGCACUCUCUCACUGGAUCCCCUCACUAUCCUGGACUCGAACAACAUGGGGAAGCUAAUGCUAACUGCAGGCUAGCGUGUUUCUAUGACGAGACGACUAAGGACAGAGCAGAAGAUGGUCAGGUCACUGUCGAUCCAACCAAGUGUACCUAUAUCAUUUUUUUUUCUGCUGACAUAGAGGACAAUAAGGUGGUUCCCAAAAAUGGUGUUCGACAACGCAUCGCCUUCAACACACUCAAAAAGAGGAAUCCACUUCUCAAAACCCUGCUGGCUGUUGGUGGCUUAAAAAAUGAGGACCAAAAAUUCAAGUUAAUGGCACAAACACAGGCGGGACGGACAGCCUUCAUCAAUUCUGCGAUCAGAAUGAUGAGAUCAUUUUUGUUUGACGGACUUAACAUUGACUGGAGGUUCCCAGAUUCGGAGGACAAGGAACUCUUCACGGCACUUUGCCAGGAGGCAAGAACUGCCUUUGACAAUACCCCAGAGAAAUUUCUCCUCACCGCACCUGUCUCUGCUGAGAGGUCAAUCAUCGAUUCUGGCUAUGAAGUGGAAAAAAUUGCCAAGGACCUGUAUUUCUUCAAUGUGUGACAUUUGAUUUCCACGGCCCCUGGGAAAAUUUCACAGCACAUCACAGCCCAUUAUUCAGGGGCUCUGAAGACACUGGCAAACAUAUCCAC